AUGUGGAAUCCUAGAGUCGGAGUCUUAUCUUCCUCUGGAUUCUGAAGCUUUCCUCUGUGCUGCCUGCUCAACAACUGACCAUCAUGAAGUUUUUGGUGUUCCUGGCACUGGUGGCAGUUUCCACCUUCCUGGUUUCUGGCCAGGAUACAGGAACAAUUCCUGCUAGUUCUUCUCCGGCCACAGAGUCCACUACGGCUGCGACAUCCACUGCUGCUCCCACCACAUCCACUGCGGCUGCGACAUCCACGGCUGCUGCCACAUCCACUGCUGCUCCCACCACAUCCACUGCGGCUGCAACGUCCACUGCUGCUCCCACCACAUCCACUGCGGCUGCCACAACCACCACUGCUGCCAAGACCACCAUGUCCUACGAAGACUGCCUCUUUUAUUUUCGUUUUACCCCAUGGCUUCGGAUCAUUUACUGCUAAAAGUUAUCACUGAGAUGGAAUCAGCUUCAGCCUUCUAUAUUGAUCUUACUGGAUUCGGCCAGAAUGUCCCUUGAUUUGUUUCACUGCUGCUAGUUUCCAGCCCUAUCGUAUCUCUCUUAUCUCUAAUCAGUUUCUAUUCAUUCAAAUAAAAUGAUGAGUGACAUCAAAAA